AAAAAAAAAUGUCAAUUUUGACAUUAUCAGCCUGACGUUUAUUUGUUGUUUGUUCCCACUACUAUUUAAUUAUAUAAUUUUCGUUGCAAAAUGAUACACAAAUGGUGGCAUAGAAUAAUUCGACGUAGAACGAAACCAAUUCCUGAAGACGUCGCCAUUCUUUGGAAAAGACGGCUCAGUUUAGCUUAUGGAUUUAUAGCAUGGAAUGCGUUUGGGAUACUUAUAUACAACAUAUACCAAGGCAAAGCAGAUUGGGCCCAUUAUCAUGGACUUAAAUCAGAUGAGGAAAAAUCCAUUCCGCCAGCGCGUGCAUGGGCAAACACAUUGGGUAUUAAGAAUGCGAAAGUGUACAAAAUAGCAGGAUUUACAAAAGUUGAUGAAUAUGAUAUCGUUCAGGGUGAGGAAGUUCGAUCAAAUAGUGAACCAAAUAAAGAAGACACAGAAGAAUUAAGUCAAUAAUUUAUUAGAAAAUCUGUGAUGUAUUUCAUAAGGUAAAUAAUUAACUGUAGAAUAAGCAUUAUUAAAUAAAUAAUUGUAAUUUU